AUGAGUCAUAAUAUGGGUAGUGUGUUGAAAAGACAAGUAAAAAGAUCAGGUAAAAGAGAAAAAAUUAAAGUGAAUUUGUAUAAGACAAGCAAAAGGCUUAGUGAAAAUAUUCAUAUUGCCAUUAGUGAAAAUGUUUCCAUCAUUAGCAAAAAUGAGAAUGAAGGUCCUGUUUAUGAAACUCUUGAAACUACUACAGCCAAUAAAGGCACUGAAACAACUGCUAAUAAAAAUAAUGCUACUAACAAUAAUGCUGCAAUAAAAAAUAUAAGAGAUAUGCUUGAUGAACAAAACAUGCUCAUUGCUGACAGAAUAUUAUAA